AUGGCUACUCUCGUUCUCGGCCAAAGCCAACCUCCUCCAAGCUUAGAUUCACACCAUGAUCCUCCUGAAACACUUCUUCACAACGUAUCAAUUGCAUCGUAUUCAUCAGAGACGCCGGCCACCCGCGAGUUCACUCUCUUUCGGAGCCUCCCUGUUGAGCUUCGACACAAGAUAUGGCACUAUGCAAUCUCUGUACCGCGUAUUGUUGACAUGGAAAAAGUACCCUGCUGGCAGCACGAGUCUCUGAAUACUGGAUACAGCUACUUUGCCGAUCGAUGGCACUACAGGAUCAAGAACCCGCCGCCCCUCUUCUCCACCUGUGUUGAGUCCCGCAAUGAAGCCUUGAAAGUUUACCAAAAACAUCAAGAGCUCGAUGAGCCAACACCAAAUCCACCCUGGAUAAGGUGCGACUACGAUAUAUUGCAUCUAAAGGCAAAGCGAUGGGAUGAGGAAGGCCGAUACGUUCCACACAUGUGGUGCGAAUAUGAUGUCUGCGCAUGGAGUUAUCCAGGAAGCAAUUUCAGUGAUGGACGAUAUAGUGCAAAGAGGGACUGCUUUAAGAACCUUGAAGCUCUUGCCAUCAAUCGCGAGCUUUUCUUCCGCGCGGGGGACUACGUGGAAAGCGUCGUGCGGCAACUCUUUCCCAACUUGAAGCUUCUCAUUGUCUUGAUUGACGAUGAGAUCGAUAUCGAGAGUUCUUGGAAUAUUAAGGAUCAUGCUUUUGAACCUUAUGAGGGCGACCCAUUCGAUGAACCAGUCAUUCGUCGGUGGGCAUUUACAUCUGCCAGUACGGGACCUUUCACUCCCGUGUCUCGCAAUUCUUGGUAUAGGUACUUCAUCGAGACCAAGAUGGAGAGAUACUUCCAACGGGAACAGGCCAAGUUCCAAAACUAUGAUCCACCAUAUAUCACAAUUAUGGGAUGCGCUCUUCCUGCAGGACUUGAAAUACCAAGCUGUGGAAGAUUACCAGCUUGA